AUGCCAUGGUUCCAUCAGCAUGUGCCUGUUAAAUUGAGUGCAGGAUUUCUAUGUCUCCUUCUCGUAUGGAACUUGGCUGAAGGCAUAGGAGGAGAAAAUAAGAAGGAGAAGAGUGUGCCAGUGCUGGCUACUGCAGAGCUGCCUGCCAAAUCUGUUGAUCUGACUGCGAUUAACUUGACUGAACUAGUGAACGGAAUGUUAAAUACAGCUCUCAAAGGUACCAAAAAAUUCUUCUCUUUGCUGAGCAUUACCUCUUACAGCUCGUUUGCCUUCCACAAAGUUUCGGUCGCCAUUUAUAACAUUUCUAACCUGAAAAAUGUUGACCCCAGCAAGUUCCCUAUGCGGUAUUGCUACUGUUUAAACAACCUGACAAAUGACUUAACAGAUUUUACAGCUUUACUUGUAGAUAUUAUUGGAAACUCCACCAGUUACCUCACAGAAAUUUUCAAAUCCACCUCCAUCGUCUCAGUGAGUCAGAGCAAUGAUUCAGACUGCAUCUAUAUCUGCGUGAUGGCAGGUCGAACAGGCAGAAAUAUGUCUGACUUUUGGGAAAUGAUAGAGAAAUCUCCUGUUAUUAAUUACACAUUUUCCAGUAAUAUGUCUGCGCUCCUGGAUAUAGACUCAAUUCUUCCCAGCUUAAUGACCUUACGAGAAGACCCUGACAAGAUCGUGGACGAGCCCCCUGAAGACAUUUGGACAUUUAAAACGACAAGGAUGCCUUCCUGGGAACAGACUGUUGCAUGGAAAGGAGACGAAAUCCUCUCUACAAGAUUUCCCACAUGGCCAAAGACUGUUGGUUUGAAAGGAUCUGGAUUUCCAAUUCUACAGCUGCCCUUGUGGUUACAGACAGAUGCUUCAAAAGGACAUGGCACUACAAGGCCACCUCCUACUCCCAUGGAAAGCUAUGAUAUUUUACCCCAAAUGCAGCCAUCAACGGGUACAUCUUCCCCAAUGCCCUCCAUCUCUGCUGAAAAAAUGCAGGAUUUACCGAAACUUCCUCCUUCUACUGAAAUGUAUCCCUUCUGGACACAGCCAGCUUCUCCUGAAGUAACCAAAGUAUCUAUCCAAACGGAGUCAUAUCUGGCUUCACUAUUGUUGUCUACCCCUGUAUUCAAGCCGGAAGUGUUACCAAAACUGCAUACAGCUUCCAGAUGUCCACAGGCAACUCUUAAAGAGCUAUCCAUGAACUCCCCUCCUGUUACCUUUAUGGCUCAAAAGAUCAAUCCUUGCGUGAUGGAGCUGUGUAAAUUUUUCCAGCAGUGCCUUUGUGUCAAUCAAAGAAGAAAUUCAAGAAAAGAAGCCAUGAGGUACUGUAUUGAAUACUAUUCCUGGUUCUUGAAAAAUGCAACUUACAUCUGUGAAAGGGUCAAAAGAAUGGCUUACUCACAAACAUUAAAGCAAAAAUGCCUUACAAACAUCUGUAAAUCUGUCUAA